UUCACGUUAGCUGUAUGGUGUAUGGUCGAAGACCUUGUUUUCCGAAAUCAGCACGUAAACAGCCCGUUAUCGUAUAAUCAAGCAACAUAGUGUUUAAAUUCUUGAUUGCACAGUGUCAGCUAAAAGUUAAGAAAAAAGAUGGAGGCCAUAAUUUUAAUUAAGGAGACUAAAAAUACAGCUGUGAUAACAUUAAACAGGCCGCGACAAUUAAACGCUGUUGAUCAUAAAAUGACCAAAACUUUACUCAGCAUUCUAAAAAAGAUGGAAAAAGAGAAAAAAUUAGUGAUUUUAAAAGGUGCGGGUAAAGCUUUUUGCUCAGGCGCUGAUAUAUUAAGAGCAAGCCACCAAAAGACCGAUGGCAUGGGAUUGGAAGACUUCUUUAACUGGACUCUAGAAAUAAACGAGAUAUUCUUUGUUAUUAGCACUUACCAAAUACCUCUAAUCACUUUAGUAAAUGGAAUAGCUUUUGGCUUUGGUGCGGGGAUAAUGACCUUUUCAAAAUUUUCUGUAGUUACUGAAAGAGCUAUAUUUUCAAUGCCAGAAUGUAAGUUUGCGUUUCAUCCAAACGCUGGGGCUUCCUAUUUUUUCAAUCAAUCUCAAGGAAAGUUGGGAUAUUAUUUGGGAUUAACCGGAGAAAGACUUAGCGGUACUGAUAUAGUAAAAGGUGGAUUUGCCAGAUAUUUCUGUCAUAGUAGUAAACUACAAACGUUGGAAGAUGAACUCAUUAACUGCGCUAGCUUAAAAGAUAUCACUAAUAUCCUUGAUAAAUUUUCUGAGAAAGCAUUGCCACCUUUUAGUUUAGACCCUUUGACAACAAAAAUUAACGAGUGCUUUUCGGAAAAUACUAUUGAAGGUAUAUUUCACAAACUCCAGCAAGAUAGCUCGGCAUGGGCGACUACUACAUUAAAAACUUUGGAAAAAUAUUCUCCAACUAGUUUAAAAGUGUCAUUAAAGCAGCUACAAUAUGGAAAGAAUAUGGACUUAUUGGAGAGCCUGGCGAUGGAAAGUAAUAUAACUAACAACUUUUAUCAAUAUUCAGACAUAUAUGAAGGCACAAGAGUACUUUUGACAGACAGGACACGAACUCCACAAUGGAAUCCCAGUAGACUGUCAGAUGUUGAUGAAAAGUUAAUCAAUGCACAUUUUAAUUCAGUUACUGAUAAAUUUUUACGCCAGAGACUAACCAAACGACGUGAUGAGUUAAAACCUAGUUUAAAAUAUAAAUUGUAAAUUAAAUGAGCAGUUGUCUUG